CCUUCAAGAUUUGACUUCUUCGUUCACUUUUGCAUGCUUCUUGGACGGCGUCGAUAAUUUGACAACUUGAGGGGCAAUCGGAGUCCUUAUAAGAUUAUUUACCCAACGCCAUGGCUUCUGCAUGUUUGACUGAAAAGUUCUUCUCUAUUUUGAGAGCAAUCAAGCAUGGAGAAUACUACGAUAAAAAUUUCGUUUGCGCCUAUGCUUUUGACGCAAGAUACUUCUGGGGUUUCUUCGCAUUAUUGGCUCUCGUGUUCCUGGUUGACGCUCGCAACAGAAUCAAACAUGGUGUAUAUCAUCCCCUGGUCCGCUCGGGACCCUUCUGGCCGUUUUUCAUUAUUCUAUUCAUUGACUUUCUAGACCAGACUUUUGAUCUCGGGGGGCGUAAAGAAUCAAACAUAUGUAUAUUCUUGAGUCAAGUUCCCGGUGUCGACUGUGGACAGGUGCUUGGAGUCCUUCUUACAUACGCGAUUCUUUCGGCUGCAAUGUCCUACUACAUCACAUUGUAUGACAUUCCAGAUGUCCAUACCAACUAUCCUCAGUCAUACGAAUACGGCUACCUCCACGCGAAAGUCUCGUACUCAUUGCAAGACAAAUCAACGCAAACUGAAGAUAUUUGGACGAGAGCUGGGUGGAGACGUACCGAUGACACACCGACUGGCGGAUUCGAGGGCUCCUACCGUUCCAAUUGGAGGCUCCCUAUCCCAGAAGACGCAGUUAUCGGCGCUUCUGGAAACCCACGAGACUGGUGGAAGCCAUCGCCAGCUGAACGGGAUCUUCUAUACCAAACACAGUCGGGGUUGGGGAGUUCUUCUGAAACGGAAGCGCCUCGAGAUAGCAUUGAGACUGUAGAUGGCAUGAAAAGUGGCUCGAAAAAAGUACAUGCCUCAGAAGCUGAUGCUCCAUCUAUCAAAGAAAAUGAAGUACUGGGUACUUCCAGCAACACGACACCAGAACUGCCGACCUUCAAUACGCCCAUCUCCGCAACUCGAUCGGGUUUCACAUGCUGCAAUCAACUCUUCCGUACUCGAGCUGAAUACAAUCGGCAUGAGCGCUACCACAAGAGACCAGUUGGUUGUCCCCGCUGUCCUCUGCGUUUUGGAACAACAACAGAUUUGGAUCGACAUAUCAACGAUGUGCAUGAGAGAACUUCAGUUUGGCAUUGUGCGGAAGUGGCGUGUAAGCACUCAAGAACUUCGAGCGGCAGAGGAUUCUCGAGGAAGGAUAAUUGGAGGAGACAUAUGAGAAAUGCACAUGGUGUAAAUGUGGAACGAGACGCAACUAUCUAAUUGCGGGUAUGUCAUCGAGGAGGGUAGUCGCAAUGCUAUAGAUGCCAGAAAUCACAGUAGUUGAACAAAGGCAUUGCGCUGAAGACAUUACAUCUACCCUUCUAUCAGACAACAUCGGU